AUGUGGCUGAUAUGGUCAUGCAGUGCUCUGGCUGCAUUGGACGGGUACAGUCAGCAACAGGACCCUGAGCAGUUCCAUAUCCAGACCGACGAGGACGAUGAACGUUACUUCUUAUACCAAACUCACAACGGGCAGUAUCGCAAAGAGAGAAGGCUGAAAGAUGGCUCUGUCGUUGGUACGACGGGUUGGGUAGGCGCUGACGGUUUCCUGCGAUUACAAGACUACAUCGCUGACGACCAAGGGUACAGGAUCUAUAAGUCGAAAACUGUUUACGUAGGAUUGAAUCGACCAAUCUCGGAGUCAAUGAAUAUCGCAAAAACGGCACCAACCGAUUCUGGAUUAGGUAUAACGCCUGCUCCUCCAGUACACCGAACAAGUGCACCGGCCCAUGGAACCACCACCCAACGUCCAGCGACAUCUACCACCACGCGCCCGCUAUCAUACACCGAUGAAAUCUCUAUAGCAACUACACCCUCAUACGAUCACUCCACCUCGACCCCUCACGUCGAAGUAUCCCCAAACUCAAUAGACGCAUCGACGGCGCACUUCGGACCGACCGUUCCUACAACAACAGCAGACACCCCGCCCUCACACCCCCACGACUACGAAAACACAAACACCAUCGAAGACAAUUACUACGCCAGCGACAGCACACCCUACAGACGUUACGACGUGUACAAUCCCAACUCGUACAGGCAUGCAGACGAAUGGUCUCGUAGGUACCAGUCCGGCGGGCGGUUCGGCGACGGCUACACGCCGCAGUUUCCCCUGUACGAUGGCAGCGCCAACAAGGGGAGCGGGUUCCGCUACUACCUCCCGAAACAGUACCACGAGGAGGCGACCCAAAAUGCGGACGAGAGGAUAGGGAGCUUCGGCUACGUGGACCCGUUCGGCAUCCGCCGCGUCAUAUAUUACAACACUUCACCCGGCGAGGGAUUCCAAAUACGAAAAAACAACAGAUACGUAGGCCACGACGCGACCCCUUACGAUCCCAGGCCCCUUCAG